CUGACACCGGCAGCUGCAAACCACGAAAUUCGGCCAUUAUUUCCUGCCUUGUAAUAAUAAAAGUAUUACAGCUCAUUAUUAGCACUGUUUAUUUAAGCAUUGAUUACUGAGAGCCACUUCGCUUGGACCUUCGGCAAACCAAGCAUCCCACCUCUGGCACUGGCAUUGACUGCGGUGCCCUGCAGCAAGUGCAUACCCCAAGAAUCUUCCGUCGGUCGGUCGGAUUGCUUCUUCGCGAGCUUGAACAGUCCGACACCAACACCAGCUCUACCACCACCACUGUCAAGGAAGUUUCCGAUAUCACUACUAUCCCGCGAUCCUUCUUCAUCCAUCCGCGCCCGCCCUAGCAGUCGACAGUACCUUGCGUAUCCCCAGACCAUCUCAGGCCUCCUACCACCGGAUUGAGAUUGGACGCGGAGCUCCACCACGCCCUUUCACGCUCUCGUCCGAACCGUCCCGCCCCCCAGGCGCAUGGUGCGAUACAACUAGUUCACAUAAUAUAGCACACAACUUGAAGUGUCCAGCAAAAAUAAAGCCAGUGCCUCCUUCCAACGAACCUCUCCGUCACGACUCUUGCACAACUUGAACUCAUCUGUACCCCAUACAUCAGGUUGACGGUACAUAGCCUGAGGCAUCCUUUCGCACCCUCCAUCUAGCUAUCUGCCAACAGCUCGCCUCUACCGGCGCUCGCGUCUCAACCCAAAGCAACCUAACAAUGCGUCCCUCUCUCAUUCUCCGGGCAGGCCGGACACCCAUGAUCAAAUUCAUUGGCAAGCACACACCACCAAAAUCCAUCGACCAUGCACCUCACCCUCACCCCGCUUCGCCCACUCAUUCUCUUCCCGACAGUUUCAUAACCUACCGCUCCAAGGCUCAGCAGCACGGUCCAUUGGGAGGCAACAACGGCCAUGCCUCUCCAUACCAAGCACCAACCUUGAGCGCCGUGACCUAUGGCCGCAUCGGCGGCACGCCAGGACGACAGCUGGGCCCUGUUGAGCCCAGGGAGGGCGAAUACUUUGACAGAAAUGAGCUUCCUCGAAGAUUCUGGAGACCGCAAUGGACCGAGGAGGAAAUCGAAGCCGUCAGCAGUGGUGGAGCUAGCCUCUUCGCAUGAUUGAAAAGAAAGCAAAAAAUAUAAACCAUAAGACUUGCAAAUGUUUGAGUUCCUUCAACAGUAUCAGCUCUGGCACCACAUCAAAGCAUUCCGGCGUUCAAAAGAGGAGCAGGUAUCACAUUGAUGUAUGAGGAAUAAAUUGCGCAAAGGUGAAGCGAGAUGUCUUUUUGCAACCUUUUUGGUGUUCGGAAAUCCCUACUGCUCCCUUCAACAUCUUGGGUCAUAGAGCUUGGUGGACGCGUCGACAUGUCUGAUACCAUCGAUGAUGUGAACCUGCAAGCACAACUCGUGGCAUCGUGCAUGAACUGUGUCUCAACGGUGAUGUACGGGGUUUCACCAUCUCGUCUAUAGCAGGCCGGAAAGUCGGAUCAUCAUCACCCAUCUCAAGAGGCCUGAGUAUGCGGGCAACAGACAUGAAUGAGUUGCCAAUCGAGGAGGAUCAGAUGCUGAGAGUCGAUCACGCGCUCAGAAACGAGACCACUUUUACCUUCCGGCUUCGUUCAAAGGUGGUCAAACCGAGUCAGGGGACAAUCGAGCUCCCCACGGCAUUUGAUGAGAUGGAGGUACUACUGCUGUAUCUAUCCACCCCUUCUCGUUCAACGACACAUUCGUGCUGGUACAUACUGUACAUAGAGUCGAUGAUGUGAUAUGAUAAGAUAUCUUACGCCAUAUUGUACCGCACAUAUUUACAUGCCUCCUGAUUGCGUUACCAUUAUUCAGCUUGUGCUGUCCCACGAUUAUCUGUCGUGACAGCUACUCCCUAGGUAGUGUCUGAACGAUGUAGGAGGCGUAUAUGAAUGUAUCCUUACUAGUACUCGGCUUAACCAACUUCAGUAUGACAUGUUCAAGCACA